AUGGAACGUGCAUUUGUCCCUCAUUUACUUUGGAGCCUCAUAAUGCUGAUGCUAGCUAGCCUUACGAUUCUCCUAAUGAAAUUCCUAAAACACAACCACAUCAAAAAACCAAGACUACCUCCAGGUCCCAAACCUUGGCCAAUAAUUGGCAAUAUUCCUGAACUGCUUGCAAAUAAGUCUGGAUUUAGAUACAUACAAAAAGUAAUGAGUGAUCUCAACACUGAAAUUGCAUGCAUCCGUUUAGGCAAUGUUCAUGUGAUCCCGGUGUCAAGUCCUGAAAUUGCACGUGAACUCCUAAUAAAACAGGAUGCUGUUUUUGCCUCAAGGCCCAUGAAUUGGUCCAGUGAACAUGUUUCACUUGGAUAUCUAACCACAGCUCUCUCUCCUUACGGAGAACAGUGGAAGAAAAUGAAGAAAGUGGUCAUCAACGAAAUGCUUUCACCCCUCAAGCAUGAUUGGCUUCAUGACAAGAGGGUCGAAGAAGCCGAUAACCUUGUCCGCUAUGUCUACAAUCAGUGUAGAAAUGGUGAUGGUGGGGUGGUAAAUGUUAGGGUUGCUGCACAACAUUAUUCUGGGAAUGUGAUAAGGAGGUUGAUUUUCAAUAGAAGGUACUUUGGAGAGGGUAGGGAAGAUGGAGGACCCGGUGUUGAAGAAAUGGAGCAUAUAGAAGCACUUUUCAAUGUGUUGAAGUACCUUUUUGCCUUCUCUGUUUCUGAUUACUUGCCAUGCUUCAGGGGACUUGACUUGGAUGGUCAUAAAAAGAACCUGAAGAAGGCUUGUGAGGAUGUGAGGAAAUAUCAUGAUCCAAUUAUUGAAGACAGAAUUGAGCAAUGGAAGAAUGAGAAGAAGACAAAUGAAGAAGACUUGCUUGAUGUUCUCAUCUCACUCAAAGAUGCUGACAACAAUCAACUUUUGACAAUGGAGGAAAUAAAAUCUCAAAUUCUGGAAAUGUGUAUUGCGACGGUAGAUAAUCCAUCAAAUGCAGUUGAAUGGGGACUUUCUGAAAUGGUAAAUAAGCCUGGGCUACUUGAAAAGGCCAUUGAAGAAUUGGACAAUGUUGUUGGUAAAGAAAGGCUAGUGCAAGAAUCAGAUAUUCCAAAGCUCAACUAUGUGAAGGCUUGUGCAAGAGAAGCAUUUCGUCUUCACCCCAUUAUAGAUUUUAACAUUCCCCAUGUUUCAAUGGCUGACACAGUUAUUGCUAAUAAGUACUUUAUCCCAAAGGGUAGCCAUGUGUUGUUAAGGAGACAAGGAGUUGGCCAUAACUCAAGAGUUUGGGAAGAACCACUCGAGUUCAAACCAGAACGCCAUCUUAGUAUGAGUGGUUAUGGGUCCAAAUUCAAUUUGGUCUUAGCAGAGCCAAGCUUGAAGCUGGUGACAUUCAGCACUGGAAGACGCGGCUGCCCUGGACUCAUUCUUGGAACUUCAAUGACUAUUAUGUUGUUUGCUAGGUUGCUGCAUAGCUUCACUUGGACUGUGCCACCAACUCACUCUAGCAUUGACCUUUCUGAAUCCGAUGGAGAUACCACCAAAGCUGAGCCUCUUGUGGCAUUUGCAAAGCCUAGGUUAUCACCAGAUGCUUAUUUAAUUUAA